AUGGCGCCAAGUUUCGAUCAUCUCCCAGAUCCAGAAGAGGAUGAGUACGAUGAGGAAGAGCUCGACAUUUCCGAUUUAAGAGAACGUUUCGAAGUACAGCUCGAGCAAGGACUCGAUACUUUCGUUGUUAUCGAUGGCCUCCCAGAAGUUAACGAAGAUACUAAGCCCAAGUUGAUCAAAUUUUUGUUGAGAAAAUUGGACUCUGUUGGUCAGACGAAGAAGGACUCAAUACACAUGCCCAUCGGACCAGAUGGCAAGUCGCACAAAUUUGCCUUCGUCGAAUACUCUUCCCCUGCUGAAGCUAUUGCUGCAUGCAAAGCCCUCGAUGGCGUGCCCCUCGACAAGAAACAUACCCUUCGAGUCAACAAAUUGACGGAUAUUGAUCGCUAUGGUCGGGAAGGACGCAUUGACGAGAAUUACACACCUCCAAAAAUCGAAGAGUUCACCGAGAAGGAGCACUUAAGAUCAUGGCUUGCGGAUCCAGCCGGACGUGGACGGGAUCAAUUUGUCAUGUACAAGGAUGACAGAGUACAAGUUCUUUGGAACAACGAGAAGGAUGCACCAGAAAGUAUCGUCGAUCGCCAACACUGGACUGAAUCAUUUGUACAAUGGUCACCCCAAGGUACUUUCUUGACCUCGAUGCAUCAACAAGGUGUGCAGCUCUGGGGUGGACCAUCUUGGACUAGACAAAAGCGUUUCGCGCAUCCUUUCGUCAAUCUUGUCGACUUUUCGCCAGGAGAGAAAUACCUUACAACAUGGUCAAAUAGACCAAUCACUAUUGGAGAGGAAGGACACCCAGCUUUGUCUAUUGAUGACGAUGGAAAGAACUAUGUCAUCUGGGAUAUCGAGACUGGUUUGCCAUUACGUUCUUUCGCCAAUCUCGAUUUACCAAGCAACAGCGUUGAUGCAGACGGUAACCCUAUCAAGAGGAAGAUACAAUGGCCAGCGUUCAAGUGGUCAUCAGAUGAUAAAUACGUUGCGCGUUUGACUCAAGGCUCAUCGAUUUCUGUCUAUGAGUUACCUAAAAUGAACCUUCUAGACAAAACCUCGAUAAAAAUUGACGGUGUAAUGGACUUCGACUGGGCACCAGCAACCCCACACCGUGAGGGUGUCAAGACCUAUGAGCAACUGUUCUGCUACUGGACUCCAGAAAUUGGUAGCAACCCAGCCAAGGUUGGAUUGAUGAGCAUUCCAUCUAAAGAAGUUGUCCGAACAUUGAACCUCUUCAGUGUGACCGACGCAAAGCUCCACUGGCAAUCAGACGCAUCAUAUUUGUGUGUCAAGGUUGAUAGACAUUCGAAGUCUAAGAAAUCUCUCGCAACCAGUUUGGAGAUCUUCCGCGUUAAAGAAAAGGGAGUCCCUGUUGAGGUUGUUGAUUCGAUCAAAGACACCGUUAUUAAUUUCGCUUGGGAGCCUAAGGGUGACCGCUUUGUUAUCAUUACAACCGCAGAAGUCGUUGCAGCUACAGCCGUUCCACCUAAGACAUCCGUAUCCUUCUACUGCCCAGAGAAGAUCAAGGGCAAUGGUGUCGGUAACUUCAAGCACAUCCGCACAUAUGACAAAAAGAACAGCAAUGCCAUUUACUGGUCUCCAAAGGGUAGAUUCGUUAUUGUAGCCACAGUCCACUCGCAACAAAGUUUCGAUAUGGAAUUCUAUGAUAUGGACUUUGAGGGCGAGAAACCCGAAAGUGAUAAGGACUUGACAGCCAACUUACAGCUUAUGAAUACCGCAGAUCACUAUGGUGUAACAGAUAUCGACUGGGAUCCCACAGGACGCUUCGUUGCUACCAGUGCCAGUAUUUGGAAGCACACCAUGGAGAACGGCUACCAUUUGUACGACUUCAAGGGUGAGCAGCUUCGCGAAGAACCAGUUGAGAAGUUCAAGCAAUGGUUGUGGCGUCCUCGACCACCCACUCUCCUCUCAAAGGAGGAACAAAAGCAAAUCCGCAAGAAUCUCCGUGAAUACAGCAAGGUAUUCGAUCAAGAAGAUGCUGACCGUGGUGCAUCCGCCGAUCUUGCUGUUGUCGAACACAGACGCAGACUCUUGGACGAAUGGCUUGCAUGGAGAGCAAAUAUGGAGGAGGAUGUCAAGGCCGAUAGAGAAGACGCAGGUCUUCCCCUUGACCCUCUGGAGCCUCUCAAAUCCAAGAUGGCAAGCGGUGAUGAAGGACAAGCUAUUGAGAUUGAAGAAAUUGUCGAGGAGAUUGUUGAGGAGACUGAAGAGAUUAUAUCAUGA